UCCCCCCGUGAACGUGGCGACAGCAAGCAGCUGCUCGAGGUCGGGAGACGUGGCAGUGGUAUAGUGGUGUGUGUCCGUUAAACGUGUGAUGGUGCAGUAAUAUAAUCAUUGAUCAGUCAUGGGCAACAAGCAGGGCCACGAGCUCUCGCCCGAGGAGAAGCAAAAGCUCAAACAGGAAAAGGAACGCGAGAAAAAGCUUGUGAAAGAGGAGAAGGAACGCAAAAAGCGAGAGAAGAAGGAAGAGAAGAAACGAAAGAAGGACAAGAAGAAGGGCAAGGACGACAGGAGCCCAGAUGGGUUAGAUGACGAGGACGCCGAGAGCGUGGGAGGAAGCUCGGCGUGGUCGGAGAAGAGCCAAGGAUCAGCCCCGGGAUCGUGGUACCAUUCAGCCUCCGAGCCCUCCUCCAAGCGAUCCUCGAUCUACCUGCCUGCCUCCGCGGGGCCUGGCUACUACCAGCAUGACUGCUGGUACUCAGGCUAUGAGGACAGCGGUUCCGAGAAAUCCAAGCCUCCUUCUCGAGCCCCGAGCGUGAAGAGUGUCAGCUCGAACCUCCGUGCUAGUUCCCUCGAGCGAUACCCUCUUGGCGUCCCAAAGGGAGAACCCAUCGAACCCAUGCACAAGGCUGGGUCGCUGGACUUGUCCUCGGUCGUUGCAGCGUCAUUUUUGCAGGAUCGGGAGAAGCUAGCUGCUGAAGCCGAAGUUGCAGCUACUAUUGCCUCGCGGUAUGACGAAACCAUUCGCACCUCGCGAGACCAUCUCGAACGGACCUCUGUAGAGCAACUGUCCUUCCUAGAAAAGGUCGUCUCGGCAGAGCGAGCCUCCCUCACGGGCCGCACGUCGCAGGCAGAGAAGGUGUCCCUCGACUCCUCGGUGUAUCAUUCCGCCGAGGAAGGAUCUGUAAGAGGCGCCAAGCGUAAGGUCUCUCUAGAGGACAGAGAGUCAGUAAAGUCCUCCGUGUACUACUCAGCAGACGAAGGGCGCGACUCGAAGCGGCAGACCGUAGACUACUCCUCAGACCGCGCCUCGCUCUCGGGUUCCAUCUACUACUCAGCGGACGAAGGCGGCUCGAUAGCUGGCUCCGUGUACUACAGCGCGACUUCCGGCUCCGAGGUCGAAGAUCACGGGGAUGAUAAUGACCUGCUGGGCAAAGAGCGUCCGAGCGCACCUGGGAAGCCUGAGGCAGUGGACCGCGAGGGCGGAAUCCUCAACAAGUUGGCUUACAUCAAGGUGGAGAAUGACGCGCUGCUGCUGCGCUGGGACGCCCCGGACACCGACGGCGGUUCGCCCAUCACAGGUUACAUCAUGGAACGCAGUGAGAGCGAGUCCGAGAUGUGGGUGCGGGUGAACUUGGUACCCAUCAAGGAUACCGAGUACCCCGUUGCAAACCUGGUGGGAGGGCGAGAAUACCGCUUCCGGGUGUUCGCCGAGAACGCAGUGGGCCUGUCGGACCCCUCCGUUCCGUCCGAGAUGGUGAGCAUCUCCACCGACCAGGAGGCCACAGAGCCGCACUUCCUCAGGGAACUCAGGGACGUCGUGGCAGUGGCGGGCCAGCGGGUUGAGUUUUCCGUGGACAUCAUCGGUACGCCGUCCCCGGACGUGACCUGGUACAAGGACGGCUUCGAGGUGUACGACACGCAGCGGUACCAGUUCCUGGCGGACGGUGACCGAUACAUGCUGAUUCUACGGGAGGCGAGACUCACGGACGAGGGCGACAUCAGGGUGAGAGCCACGAACCGAGUGGGCGUGGCGUCUUCCCAGGCCGCUCUCGCUGUCCAAGCACCGCCAAACAUUGCCUUGCCGCCGCAAUACGAGCAAGGUCUGAUCUUCGACACCGACGAACUUAUUCGACUUCGAGUUCCCUACACGGGCCGACCUCAGCCUACAGCCACGUGGACACACAACGGCAAACUAAUUGAGGCCGACGACCGCCACACGAUGGACGUGUCGGAGAAGUAUGCCACGCUGAAGAUCGCCGGCGCCAACAGGAUGGACAAGGGCAUGUAUGCGCUCAAACUGGCGAAUCCGCAGGGCGAAGCGUCGGCCUCAUUCUUCGUCACCGUCACGGAUCGGCCGGAUCCACCCAGCGUGCCAGUAAUCACAGACGUGACUGGCACCUCCCUCACUCUCCGAUGGGACCCGCCCGUUGAUGACGGUGGCUGCAGGAUAUCUAACUAUACUCUCGAAUACUUCAGGGUGGGGUGGGACGUGUGGCUCAAGGCUGCGUCCUCUAGAAUCACGUGGACGCAGCUGAGUGAUCUGAUCGUCGGCUCGGAGUAUCGCUUCAGGGUUAAAGCCGAGAACGCAUACGGUGUGUCAGAACCCGGGCCAGAGUCCGAGCAGAUCCUCAUCGAAGACACCAAGAGUCCCACUGGGUCCUUCGAGUAUGAAACCUACAAGUCCACCACGACGGUUGGAACGUCGCUGCCUCCCGACUCGACCACGCUCAGGCGAGAUGGCAGCUCGACGCUGGAGUUUGGCGGCUCAGGUGAGAGCUCUGACAUAGGUUCUUUCGGCAACACAGGGGAGUCGGCGGAGCUGGCUCGCGGCCUCAGCGCAGGGAUCUCCGAAGAAGCCGAGUCCUCCUUGGGUGGAUCCAGCGACCGAGAGCCAUCGCUCGACCUCGGAAGCUCGAGUGAAAAGGCCCCGUCGUUCGACUACGGUUCUUCGUUGGGAAAGGGACCUUCCUUCGAAGUCGGGUCGUCGAUGGAGCGCGGGCCUUCCUUCGAGGUCGGCUCCUCCGAUGAGAGAGCAUCGUCGUUCGAAGUCGGCUCUUCGAUAGAGCGUGGCUCCUCGUACGAGCGAGAGUAUAGCAGAAGAAGGCAGGAAGCUCGCCUGGUAGGAAGCUCAGCAGAACAAGCCCAGAGUGGAUAUCUAGACAGAGAUAGUUCUCUGGAAGACCAAGGGUUCAUUCGUGGAACCUAUGAAUUCGGAAGUUCACUGGAUUCUUAUGAUCAGGAAGAACUGAGGCUUAAGGGCCACCUAGAGCUCAGAGGAUCUGCGGGAGGAUCCCUGGAUCUAGGUGGUUCUACAGGGGAGUCGGUGGAAAUCGGAGGUUCUAUGGAUAGCGAGGAACCUCCGAUGCCACCCCCCCGUGUGCCUCGAAGGGGAGGACGCUCUCCUGCUGUGCCGCCCACUCAAGCAGAGGAGGACGGUGGUCAGUUGGAGGCCCCGACCCCACCUCCCAGAAGCCGUCGCCCGGGGUCUAGAGCCUCUACCGUGUCAGAGUCUUCUGCUCUCGGCCUGGAAGAGGGUCAGCUGCCCAUUUACAUCUUCGGGGCGGAGGACGGGCAAGCUGUGGCUCCCACUCCGCCCCCGAGGAGUCGCCGCCCCGGCUCUAGGGCGUCGUCCACGCUUUCCGAGUCACUGGGGGUGGAAGAUCCCUUGUAUCUCCUUGGCAUGGCGGAAGGCGGGCAGGACCUGGCCCCCACCCCACCCCCAAGAAGUCGCCGCCCUGGAUCUCGAGCCUCCACGGUGUCUGACACGUCCGCCCUCGCGGUAGGAGCCGACGCCGCGUCCAUGGAGUUCGAGGAGAGCUUCGAGGACUCGCCGACGGCCACCCCGCGUCGCAGGCGUCGUCAGGCAUCGCAGGCCUCCACCGAGACGUCCGAAACCCCAGUCGAGGCGAUCACCCCAACCCGCGGCACCUCCAUCGCCUCCUCCGACGUCGAGUUCGAAAGCGCCCUGGCAGCCCCAGAUAGCACACCCUCGCCUUCGACAUCUGGCGCUUCCGUAACGGCGAGGAUGGAGGCGGUGAAGGUCGCCGCGGGCGGUGAUGCCGUCCUGGUGGUUUCCCUCGAGAACAUCCAGGCAGCCAAAAUAUCCUGGCAGAAAGGAGGUCGUGAGGUGGUGGCGGGCCCUCACUACACCACGACGGAGACGCAGAAGGCGGCGCAGCUCAUCAUCCACGGAGCCUCAUCGCAAGACUCGGGCACCUACACGGCCGUCGUCACCAGGCCUGAUGGCACGCAGGCCAGGGCAGCGGUGGCUCUUGAGGUAGCCUCCACCGGAUCUCAAAUCAAGGUGGAGGCGCCCAUCUUCGUUAGGACCCUCAGCGACCUGGCGGCGAAAGUGGGAACCCGCGUCCGCUUCCUGGUCGAACUGCGGCAAGCACACGAUGUUAAGGUAUUCUGGUACCACAAUGACGUAGAGGUCACAGAGAGUCCCAAAUUCAGACUACUGCACGAAGGCAACUUUUUCUGCGUGGAUAUAUCUCCUCUGACCGUCGCUGACGAAGGACCAUGGAGAUGUGUGGCAGAGAACUCCUCGGGCCAAGCCUCGUGCAGCGCUCGGCUCAGAGUCAUCGUCCCGAAGGGUUACAAGGCCCCAGUCUUCCUCGAGGAGCUGGAGGCCAUUCUGACGACCGAGGGCACGGUGAGCUUAGAGUGCAAAGUGGUGGGUGUGCCAACGCCCAUCCUCAAGUGGUACAAAGAUGGCAACGAGAUUAAGGCUGGUGAUGUGUUCGCUCUCACCGCCAACCCGAACGACCCGACUUCCCUCGGGACUUAUACCUGCGAGGCCGUUAACUGCAUGGGUCGCUCCAUUUCCUCCUCCAGGGUGCGGGUCUUGGCUAGGGACUCGCUUGGUGUCCCAUCCAGGAAAGAUCGCCGUUCUCCGACUCCAGUUGGUCCUCCACCAAAGAUCCUUGAGGAGGUACAGGACAAAAAAGUUAAGGUCGGCGAUAAGGCAAGAUUGACCUUUAGAGUGGAGACGCCGCCUGAAGUAUUAUCCGUAACGUGGUAUAACAAUGGGCACAAGAUCGAACUCAGUGACAAGUACAGAUUAAGCGACGAAGGAGGUGGGAGGUACAUGAUGGAGAUACAUCCGGUAGAGCUCGGAGACGACGGCGAGUGGAAGGUCGUCGUGAAGAACGAGGGAGGAUAUUCGUCUUCCCUCGGCAAAAUCACACUAACAGUGCCAAGAAACUACAGGGGACCGCGGUUCUUGGAGGACCUGCGAGCACUGUUGACCGAGGAGGGCCUCGUCUCCUUCGAGUGUAAAGUUGUGGGUUACCCGACUCCUAUAUUGCAAUGGUUCAAAGAUGGUCAAGAACUGAAACCUGGUGAUGUUUAUCAGCUUUCAGGCACUAAUUCACUUGGUAAAUAUUCGUGCAUUGCGAAAAAUUGCAUGGGUGAGGCAAAAUCAACGGCAGAGCUUACCCUUGAAGACAUCAAGUCACACCUGAAUGAGGAGGAGAAGGAGCAACUCCUAGCAACCAACAUUCCACCUAGGUUCAUCCAGGGCCUGAAGAGCCGAGACGUUAAGAUCGGUGAUCCCAUAAGAUUAACAGUACAAGUAACAGUAACGCCAGCCCCUGAAGUGACUUGGUAUCACGAGGAUGAGAUCAUAGUUGAAUCGUCUAAGUAUCAUGUGUCUAAAGAGGAUCCUGGCAUUUUCCACUUGGAUGUAGACAAUCUGGAAGUGUCAGAUCAGGGAGAAUGGAAGUGUCUGGCAAGCAACGACUAUGGUCACAGCGUCACAGCAUCCUCCGUUAAGCUGGUUAUUCCAAGACAUUACAAAAAGCCUGUGUUCCUCGAGCCCCUCCGGGCUGUACUAUCGCAAGAGGGAACUGUGAAUCUGGAGUGCAAGGUGAUUGGUGUUCCUCAGCCAGUCCUUAAAUGGUUCAAGGAUGGCACAGAGCUCAAACCGGGUGACAUCCAUAGAAUUAUUAGCGGUGAAGACGGUACCUGCUGCCUUGGGACCUAUACUUGUGAAGCUUAUAAUGUUAUGGGUUCUGCUUCAUCCUCUGCAGCUCUUCUUGGCUUCGAAGAUAAACUUAUUCAGAAGGAGAGUGACAAGAUGGCAGCUGCAAUGGCAUUAGCUGAUGCACGGGGUAUUGCAAGAAAUCCAUCUCUUUCGACCAUCAAUGAAGAACGUUCCUCGCAGAUCUCAAUUUACGAGUCGGCAGUGUCAGAGGCUUCGUGUGAGGACGAGAGGGCAGAUAUAUCUGUAAGCAUUGAUGGUAGAGAAGUAUCGCUCUCCCUCUACGAGACGCCAGAUAUAUCUGAGGCAGAGGCUAGACAAAUUGCAGAGAUUUAUGCGGAUGAAAUAUCUGAUCGUCUUUCAGCUCAAGAGGGCAAUCAAGCAGAACUGCCUCCUCUUAGAUUCACAAGAGAAACCUCUCGAAAGGGUCCACUUAUCAUGGAAGCAAUGGUUAUUGAUGUAGAAAACCAAGCUUUCGAUGAAUACAUGAGCAUGUCUGAUAUAGUUUAUGAUGAUGCACGAACAGAAGCUGAUGUGGAAGAACUGUCAGCUAUGGAAGCAGUAAUGGUAGAGGAGCGCGAAGCACUCCGUUCCGACAUUGCAGAUUUGCCUGAGAUGGAAGUAUGGAAUGAGGAACAGUUGUCUCCACAAACUGUAUCCAUGGAGGGCAUGGGUGUUGCUCAUAUCAGCGAAAAGAACAUAAUGCAAGCUGACCUGCGUUCACUUAGUGAGCAAGGUAUUAGUAUGCUGCGCACACAUGCAGAAGAAGGUCAAGUUCUUGGCAAGGGAGAAGCUGUCAUAGCGGAAGAGCCUCAUGUUAUGAGUGCUGCAGCAAAAUCUAUCAAAACUGACAAAGGUCUUUGUGCCAAGGCAGACCGUAAAGAUACCCCUGGCCUUGCUGUAGCCCAGGCUCAACAACAAGAGGUAUUAACUGGCCUUGAGAAAAUUAAGGAUGAAAAAAUCGAUAAAAGACAAGCCAAGAGAUCGAUUGAGACUAGGGAAGCUAUGACAACCGAAGAACAACAAUUCCUCUCUGAUACUGGUACAUUGCCUGAUGCUGCUGAGAUCGGCAAAGAAAGUGAGCGAUAUCCAAGCUUUGUUACCCAUGAAGCUGUUGCUGUUAGUUCUCGUGAAGCAAUGGAACAAGCUAAAUCUUUAGAUUCAGAAGAACGACCUUCUAAGAAAGUAAAGAAAGCUGCUGUUAAGAAGACUCAGAAACCAGGUGAAGCUGCUGUCGUCCAGUCUCCUGAAGUAUAUGAAGGGGAAGCAAAACCGAUUUCUGAUAAACAAAUUAAAUCUGAACAUGCUAAAGCGGUUCUUCAAGGGAAAGAAGGCCUCAAGGUCACCAGUGCUGAAGUCAUGGAAGAUGUAGCUAGUUUCCAAGGUCAGGGUACUCAAGCUCAACAAGCUCAGGUGAAGGAAGCCAGUCAGCAUGAAGCUCUGGUUAUGGAAGAAGCAGAAGUAGUGAGUGGAAUGCCAAAGAGUUUGAAAGUGAAGCAACCUAAGGCACAGAAAGCAAAGGUGGUCAAAAAGACAGCAGCGGGGGUAGCUCAACAGGAAGCCCAGGAGUAUUAUACGGCUUCACAGGACCAUCCACAAUCCUCCCCAGCUGAAGAAACUGAAGCUGAUGUAAGUGAAUUCCAUUCCAUGUUAGAACCAAUGCAACAGUCUGAGCACUAUGGCUAUGAACAUGUUGAGGCAUUUGAAGGAAUUACGCCAGAGCAACAAAGAGCUAUGCAAUUAGACCCUAGUUAUCGAGAAGCUGUAGCAGUUGCUAUCAGAGAAGGUUACUUCCAAGCUGAGGACCUGUCACUCCUGAGUCCUGAGGAGACUCAAGCUCAACUUCACCAAACACUCCAUGAGGCUAUUGAAGGUUAUGAGCAAAUGGGAAUGUCUGGAGAUAUCAGGGACAUGCCUGAUUACUUGCAAGGGGUGAGUGACAGAGCACAAAUGUUAACUGAUACCACAAGGGAAGCUGUUAUGAUUCAAGAAGCAGAUGUAGACUAUGCUAACCUCAAUGUAUUUAACAAAGAAGAUAUGUCACAAAUGCUGACUGUUGCUGAGGAACGAAGUGGAUCUCUAGUUGAAUGUAUAGUUGUACAAGAAGCUGAUCUACAGUCUGAAGCUGCUAUUGUAUCUCAGCGGCCUGCUGCUCAUCCUGAAAGAGCUGUGGCUGGCAUUGUUGAAGGUGCAGGUGAGUCUGCCACAGUAGGUGAACCACCUUUAGUUGCAGAAAUGUCUACAGGAAAGACAACUGGAGGAAUGCAAAAAGUAACCGAACCUAGCGAUAAAAAACGUCCAGCUGAUGAACCAGUUUCUGAUGAACAAAAGAAAUUAGCUUCAUCAGCUGACAAAGAAUCCGAAUCAUCAGCAAAGAAAGUCAAACUUGAUGAGAAAAAGCCACUUGAUGAAAAAGAUAUAAUUGCUGAAGCUCAAGUGGAAGGAGUAACUCUCACACCAGAGCAGAUUCAGGCUCGGAAAGAAGAGCUUUUGGCACGAAUGGAACACCUUCUCUCUGGAAAAGCUGAAGGAGAAUUGUACAGGACACCUAGUAGUGAGUCACUAACAACAGAAUCUUUAGAGAGUGAAGAACGUAAGCAAGUAAAAGUAAUUGAUAAGUCUUCCAAAAAGGGAACUCCUGGCCUCUCAGUGGAUGGCAAGUUGGAAGAGGACAAGGCAAAGACUGUGUCAGAAAAGGAGACAGAAAAGAAAGAAAAAACAACGGAUGUUCAAGAUCAAGGUGAACAGCAGACUGAGAAGAAGAGAGGUCUAUCACAGGAAAAGACUGAACCUCAAAAGAGAGGUCUGUCACAAGAAAAGACUGAGCCUCAAAAGAGAGGUCUGUCACAGGAAAAGACUGAGCCCAAAAAGAGAGGUGAAUCUCAAGAGAAAAUUGUAUCACAGGAAAGAGGAGCAUCACAAGAAAAAUCUAUAACCCAGAAGAGAUCUGCUUCUCAGGAAAAGUCAGUCUCUGAAGCUGAUGCUCCAAAGGAGGAAACUGGGUUCUUCAAAAGGCGGUUAUCAAAAAAGAGAGGAUCUUCAGCAGAAAAGACAAAGCCUGCAGAUGGUACAUUAUCUCCCAAGAGAGGGUUGUCAAAAGAAAAAUCUCCUCCUCAAAUGAGAGAUAGCUCACAAGAAAAGUCAAUACAUGAUGAAAAGUCUGGAUCACAAGACAUAAGUGAUAAGAAGGAUAAACCAGAAGAAAAGAAAAAGAAGGGCUUUAUGUCUGCAUUAACUAGCAAAGUUUCUGAAAUGAAGACUGCCAUAACAAGCAAAGUCUCAGAAAUCAAAACAGCUAAGGUGGAAGAAGCCGACCAAAAAGGAGAAACUGUUGAAAAUUUGAAAUCUGAAGACAAAGUAAAUGAACAGACUGCCCACUCCGUUGUAAAUAAAGACACAAAGGGACUUACUGUAGCAGAAGCUACCGAAAUACACAGAGAAGAGGUAGCUGUUACCAGUCAACAAGAUAUUACCAAAGAAUCCCAGAAAGCUGUCACAAGUGUAGUUUCGGACACAGAGAUGCUCACUGCCGAUCAACAGAUUGUACAAGCUAAAGAAGACUUAACUAAGCAGAGUGCACCAGAAUCAGUAGAAGAGGAGCUAGCUAGGAAGAGAAAAGAACUUUUGUUGAAAAAACAAGAACUUUUAGCAAAACAGUUAGCUGCAAUGAAAGUUCGUGAGACAAGUGAAGAACCUACUAGUGAACUAACUUCCACUAGUGAAAUUAGUGCUGAUUCUGCAAGUGAGAUAGAGAGUGUCCUUGAAAUGAAGGAGCCUAAGAUAUCUGGAAAAGCUGCCAUUGGUCAAGUGAGUAUCUCUGUGAAAGAUGAAUCAGCAAAGUCUGAUGUAGAAAAGAAAAUAAGUCAGAUUGACAGUAAUGCUCAGGCAUAUGUAGAGAGUACCACAUCCUCUGAUGCAACUCUGUCAAUUAAGAGGAAAGAAAGGGCAAAUGAGACAGGUGAAGAAUCAGUUAACCUGAGUAUAGACCUAAGCUCACCCUCAGGCCUUCAAGAAAAACUUAGUGAGAUUGAAACAUCAUUGAGAGAAGUCGAAAUGAAACUCCAAAAAGAAGGUGGCCUUGUAGAAGCUACAUCAGUAGAGGAAAUUAACGUCUCCGAGGGUAUCGUAGACCUGAAAGUACAGGACGGAAAGAAAGUCAGCGUAAAGAAGGGAAGUUUAAAACUGGAAGAAAGGGGCAUAGCUACAUCUGAAGAUCUGAAAGCCAAAACACAGUCUGCAAUUGUUUCAGAGGAAGCAGAUAAAAAGACAAAGGAAAAUGAAGACGCAAAGAAGGCUCUCAAGGUUGAUGCAGAAACAAAGAAAGAGGCUGAGGUUGAUACAAUAACCAAGAAAAAGACAGAGGUUGAUACCAAAGCAAAGAAAGAAUCUGAAGUUGAUAGCAAGACAAGAGAUGCUGAACCUGCUACCAAGGUAAAGGAGGAAGAGGUCGAUUCUAAACCAAAGAAGGAAGCAGAGGUUGAUGCCAAGGGAAAGAAAGAAGCUGAAGUUGGUAUUAAAGCAAAGAAAGGAAUUGACAUUGAUACCAAAGGAAAGAAAGAUGAUGAGGUUGAUUCCAAGGCAAAGAAGGAGGCUGAGGUGGACGCCAAAGCAAAGAUGGGAGUACAGGUUGAUAUCAAAGCGAAGGAGACUGAGAUUGACACCAUGGCAAAGAAAGAGGCUGAGGCCAAGGCUGAGGUUGAUACCAAGGCAAAGAAAGAGACUGAGGUUGAUACCAAGGCUAAGAAAGAGGCUGAAGCGAAGGCUGAGGUAGAUACCAAGGCAAAGAAAGAGACUGAGGCUGAUACCAAGGCUAAGAAAGAGGCUGAAGCCAAGGCUGAGAAAGAGGCUGAGGUUGAUACCAAGGCUAAGAAAGAGGCUGAAACCAAGGCUGAGGUUGAUACCAAGGCAAAGAAAGAGGCUGAGGUUGAUACCAAGGCUAAGAAAGAGGCUGAAGCCAAGGCUGAGGUUGAUACCAAGCAAAGGAAGCCGCAGAAGCUGAUACCAAAGCUACGAAGGAGGCAGAGGCUGACGCUAAAGCGAAGAAAGAAGCCGAACAAGGAUGCCAGAGACGAGAAAGCUAAAUCCCCAGCAGCCAAAGAGCGGAAGAGGUCCAGCCUGAAAGAAGACGACACUAAAGCUCUAAAGGAAAGAGAAGGAGAGCAGCUCCGGAAGGAGGAUGCCAAGAAAGCCAAGUCUCCUGAGCUGAAGGAUGGAAGGAAACCCAGCAUGAAGGAUGAGGAUGGUUUAGCUGUAGAUAAAAUCCCCUCAAAGGAUGAAGCAAGAAAGGCAAAAUCACCAGAAAAGAUAGAAAAGAAGAGAUCCAGUCUCAAAGAUGGUGAUAAAGAAGAGAAAGUCAUAUCCAGUGAGGAAGCCAAGAAAGCCAAGUCUCCAGAACCCAAAGAAAGAAAAAGGUCCAGCCUUAAAGAAGGUGAUGCCAAAGCCGUUCGUGAAGCAGAAGCUAAAGUCAUCUCCAAAGAUGAAGCGAAGAAAUCAAAAUCUCCAGAGGCUUUGGAGAGAAAGCGGUCAAGCCUAAAAGAAGUCGACACCAAGGUGGCAAAGGCCAAGGAAGAGGAGAAGGCCAAAUCUCCUGAACCUAAGGAAAGGAAGCGGUCCAGCAUAAAGGAAGCAGAUGCUGCCAAAGUAAAGGAAACCAAAUCACCCGAACCUCCGGCUAGGAAGAGGUCUAGUCUGAAGGACGCUGAUGUUAAGGUUGCCAAAGAGGCGGCGGAUGAGCCAGGAAAAGCAAAGUCACCAGAGCCCAAACCCAGAAAGCGUUCCAGUAUCAAGGACGAGGAGAAGACGAGAGCAAAGUCUCCCGGAAAGAGAGCCAGCCUGAAGGAAAGCGAAACCGAAGCCGCCAAGCACAAGUCUCCAGAAGCACCAGAGAGAAGGAGGAAGUCGAGAGAGGCCAGUGAAGACAUCACAGCUGCUAGAGGGUCUGAGCUCAGGAAACAGGAGGAAAUACUGAAGGGAGAAAAUGACGAGGAAGAGCAAGAGAGGUACUGGAAAGAAGAACAAGAACAAUUUGAAAAGGAAGAAGCAGAAAGGAAAAAGAAACUCGAAAAGAGAAAAGAGGAACUGGAAAAACAGAGGAAAGAAGAAGAAGAGCGUAUUAAUAGAGAAGACGCCGAGAGACGAGAAAAGAAGAGACUAAAGCGGUUAGAAGAAGAAAAGGCUAUGAAAGAACAAGAGGAAAAGUUCCUCAGGGAAGAAAUGGAGAGAAGAGAGAGAAGACGAAAGAUGAAAGAAGAAGAAGAGAAGGAGAACAAGAGAAGGGAAGAGGAGAGACGAAUGAAGUUGGAGGUGGAAAGAGAAGAAAAGAAGAAAAAGAAGCAACUGGAACGGGAAGAAGAGGAACGCAUGCUCAAAGAAGAAGAGGAACGUAGACUGGAAAGGAGGAGAAAGAGGGAAGAACAAGACAGGCUUAUUGCCGAGGAAGACGCAAAGAGGGAGGCUGCAUUCAAAAAGAAAUUGGAAGAGGAGAAGAAGAGGCUCGAAGAAGAACUCCGUGGUCGUGAGGAGAUGAAGAGAAAGAGAGAGGAGGAGUUGCGAUUGCAGGGAGAAGAGUUCCUCAAAAAGGAAGAGGAACGUCGUCGGAAGCGUAUGGACGAACGAAAACGUAUGCAAGAGGAAGAGGAACAAGAGCACCGAGUGUCCGAGGAACGCCGAAAGGCCGAGCGAACUCAGAGGAAGAUUGAAUACUCUGAGAAAGAGCUCAUUGAUGUCGAUAGAUACGGCUCCUUGGACCGUCGAUCUCGGACUCAGACUCCAGAUAUGGGCCGAGGUCGCGACCCCAAGAGAAGACCGAAGUUCAGCACGAGGCUCCAGGACCGCCAGGCUGUGAAGGGAUGCCGAGUCCGCCUGACCUGCAAUAUCAUAUAUACACCAGAGGAAGAACCCCCGGAGAUUGAGUGGUUCAAGGGAGGUUUCCCUAUCAGAGAUGAUGAGAGAAUUAAGAUAUCCUACUAUGAAGGCGUGGCGUCCUUAGAGGUAUUGAAUGCUAGUCGCUUUGACUGCGGCGAGUACACAUGCACAGCUAAAAAUCGCCAUGGGCGCGUCUCCACCACGUGCGAUCUGAGGGUGAAGGGUGAGGACGAACAAAAGCCUAGCCCGCCCACCUUCACUACUAGCCUCAGAGAUCGUUUCGUGAUUGAGGACGACCAGUUGGUCUUGUCCUGCCACGUGAUAGGCUUCCCCCUGCCAAAGAUCACAUGGCUGAAGGACGCAGACAAAUUACCUGCUUCCCCACGCUUCCAGACUUCCAUUUCGGAGGAAGGAGUCUGUAAACUAAUCAUCACAUCUCCACGAGGAGCAGACUCAGGCACUUACACUUGCCAUGCUGAAAACCGCGUUUAUCGCGAUGAAAUUUCGGCAAAUAUACAAGUUCAGGCUCUCAUGGAAAGAGAACGAAGCAGCGACGGCCGGCCAGACGACAGCGAGGUGCCGAGGUUCAUCAGCGAGCUGUGUGACCAAUACGUUGAGGAAAAUGGCACGCUCACGCUCCAGGUCGAUAUAGCAGGGUCCCCUCAACCGGAAGUGUUGUGGCUGUUUAACGGCCGGUCCCUACAUCCUUCCGGCAAAUUCAGGAUCUCUUCUACGGGCCACAACCAUACCCUCACCGUUUUCCAGGUCACAAGCAAAGACCUAGGUACUUACUCCUGUAGGAUUACAAACAAAUAUGGCUACGCGUAUACCUUGAGUACAGUGAGCUUCGGGAGGCCGAGGCCCCGUCACGGCUUGGCAACCCUGGAUGCUGACCUCGAACUGCGGGCGCCGGUAUUCAUCAGCCGCCCAGAGAGCAUGGUCACAGUAUUCAGGGAUGAGGAAAUCACUUUGACAUGCACUGUUCAUGGCGAACCUACUCCUAGGGUAUCGUGGCUUAAGGGCACCUAUGACGUAUCAAACACCACGCGUGCUCAUAAGACAGUAAAGGAGAACACACACACCCUCGUAAUCCGUGGCGCGCAGUUCACAGAUUCCGGAACAUACACUGUGGAGGCCAAAAACUCCCAGGGCACCGUCAGGGCCUACGCUAGUGUCAAGGUACGCGAGCUGUACAGGUCCCGCAGCUACUCUCCACGUGGCAGGGAAGAGAGGCAUCCAAUCAAGUUUGAGAUUCCGGAGAGAAGAACUUCAGGCAGAUUCAUCAGAGAUGUGCCAGGAAAGAUAGCCGCUCCCAACGCCACAGACAUUGGCAAGACGUGGGUGUCACUCAGCUGGGGGAGACCCGAGCAGUCAGGCGGCGCCCCCGUCACCGCCUACAAGGUCGAGUCUUGGAUUCUGGGCGAAGAGGCUCGCUGGACAGAUCUGGGUGUUUCGCCAAUCCCCUCCUUCGAUGUUUACAAUCUAAAAACGGAUCGUGAGUAUCUGUUCCGAGUGACCCCGAGGAACAAGUACGGCUGGGGCGAACCCGUCAUGACUCCCAGGCCCGUGCGGGUCGGCAGGAAAAUUGAGACCCCGACCCUCCCUCGCUCACUCCCGUCGCAAGUCCGCGCAAUGCCCGGCGGCAACAUCUGUCUGGAUGCUCAGGUGACGGGAGAGCCCAUGCCUGACGUCCGCUGGUACAAGGACGGUGCCUGCAUCGACAUCAACCGCUACCCGAGGUUCUCCUCGUUCUCUUCCGAGGGAUCGAUGCACAACAUCUAUGGUUUAGUGACCAAGGUGUCGCUGAUGAUCGAGGACCUGCACUGGGAGGACGAAGGCAAGUACGAACUGGAGGUACAGAACCCCGGCGGCCGAGUCACCUCCUUCACCAGGGUCGCCACCACCACCGACUGCUCCGUUCUCGAGGCGCAGGACAAGAUUAAUAGAAACCUGGUCGCGCUGUCUCAGAUGGAGUCCGUGCCCACCAUGGCGCCGCAGUUCACCAUGCGGCUGAGGGAUCGCCGCGUCCAAGUGGGCUUCCCCGUGCGCCUCACUUGCCAGAUCGUCGGCAUCCCCAAACCCGUCAUCACGUGGUACAAGGAAGGCGUCAUCAUGAGUCCCGAUGACUCCCAUACCAUGUGGCAAGAGGACGGACAUUUCUACACUCUUGAGAUCUCUAAUUCCACACACGACGACGCUGCUGUCUAUUCCGUGCGCGCUGCUAAUCCUUACGGUUCCGUAAUGUGCCGCUGCCGCCUCGUCGUGGAUUCUGGCCUUACGUCGUACAUCUCACCAAUGUUCUUACGCGAACUGGAGGACCAAAGCGUGCGCGAGGGAUCGACCAUCACUCUCCAGACCGUGAUCGAGGCAUAUCCGACCAUCGGGGUCGUAUGGCACCGCGACGGCCAGCGCAUCCGGCCCACGAGGAAGCACUCCUUCAGCCUGGACGCGGACGGCAUCGCCACCCUGACGAUCCGCGGCGCCGACUACACGGACGGCGGCAUGUACACGUGCACGGCCAGCAACGAAAUGGGCCACAUCGAGUCCAUGUGCCGCGUGUCCGUCUCGUGCACUGACUCGGACAUGGCGGCGAGGAAGAGACUGUCUUCCAAACUCACCCACCCAUGGCUGAGCAAGGAGCCCAUGUUCGUGCGGAAGCCUCGCGCCAUCGAUGCCGAGGAAGGCGACCUGGUGAUCAUCGAGUGCGAGGUGGCGGGUGACCCCAAGCCCGACGUGACCUGGCUCAAGGACUGGAUUAAGUCUGACGCGAUCGGCGACGGCUCCAGAUUCCAGGAAGUGGGAACGGGUCCUCUGUAUCGUCUGGAGAUCCCCAACUGCCGCCUGGAGGACACCGGCGCCUACAGCAUCCUGGCGAGGAACGAGCAUGGGGAGUGUCGGGCGGUUAUCUCCCUGCAGGUCUACGCUAAAGGCCUGAAGGGCGAAUUGGAAGGAAUACCAGUGAAACGCGGCGUGAUGGAGCAUGUGCCGGUGGUGACGCGGCCGCUGCAGGACGUGCGGUGCUGUGAUGGCGACUCAGUCACUUUGGAGGCUCUGGUGGACGCGCCCAAGCACUCGACCGUCCGCUGGGAGAAGCAAGGAAAGGUGCUGAAGCUCAGCGGCGACCUGGAGAGCGAGUGGGACGGCUCGUGCGUGCGCCUCAAGAUUCGCCAAGUCUACCCCGAGGACGAGGGCGAGUACUCCUGCAUCAUCUUCAACGACAUGGGCAAGGCCGUCACCUCUGCAACAAUCGUCGUGGAGAUGGCUGACGACAAGGAGAAUGACGUGACAGUGCAGAUGGAGCACCGGCCGGACCUCUCUCGCAGGACCACGCCCUCGAGAACCAACACGCCCUCCAGGUUUUCCCGCUCGCCCUCUGUCACCUUCCGACGUGAGGGAAGCGCCCACUCCUGGGCGGGCGUGGGCUGGCGUGAACCCUCCGUCACCGUGUCUCACUGGCGCCCUCUCUCUCGCGGCUCCUCCCCUCUGCUGCUAGCGCACCGCUACACGCCGGAGCCGACCACGCGCUCCAAGAGCCGCCGCUCACACCGUCCCAAGUUCUACUACAUUCCCCAUGACCGAAUCGUGGAGGAGGGCGAAACCGUCACAUUCCAGUGUGCCAUCAAGGGCCACCCGACCCCGCGGUCGUCAUGGGACAAGGACUCCAUCAAGCUAGUCGAGGGUGGCCGCUACAAGAUGGAGGAGCGCGACGACGUCCGCACCCUCGAGAUCUCCAAGGUGGCGCUACAGGACGCAGGACUCUACAGAAUCACCAUCGAUAACGACCUCGGCCGCGAGCAGGCGACUGCCAGGCUCGACGUUAUCAAGGCAUCAGGUAACAAGUAUAGCGGCUACGUGAGGUCAUGGCACACGUCUCCGCUGACGGUUCCGCGCUUCACUCGCUCGAUGCCGUCUACCACGGUGAGGCAGGGCAGCAGGCUGUCCCUCUCCACAGACUACAGGGGCUCGCCAACGCCUAGAGCGAAGUGGUACAGAAACAACGAGCUGCUGCCCCUGUGCGACGACUUCCCACAGAGCUACGACGGCAAGACCGCCACUCUGGACCUGCCGUGUGCCACCGCUGCCGACGCUGGCACCUACACGUGCGUGCUCGUCAGUGACGCCGGUAGAGCCGAGUGCUCGUGUGAGGUGGUGGUGGAGCACCACAAGGAGACCCCCAACCAGCCGCCCUAUUUCCUCCGCGGUCUGAAGGACUUCACGGCGCUUGACGGCGAUGAAGUGAGACUGUCCGUCAAACUCGCAGGUUCCCAGCCCAUUCGUGUGGUGUGGGUUCGCAACGACCAGGAAAUCAAGAAUUCCGAGGACUUCACGUACCUGGAAGAGGAGGAGGGCGAAUACGUUCUCGUCAUCCGCGACAUCUUCCCCGAGGAUGCCGGAAUCUACAUCUGCGAGGCUUAUAACGCCCACGGAGACGCCCACACCCACUGCAGAUUAGCUGUUCAUGAUCCACGAGAAUCAGAGGCAUCGGUGCCACGGAUAGUAGGUAAUCUGAAGCCUUUGGACGUGGAGGAGGGCUCGGCUGCCCGGUUCAGCAUCACCGUUCACGGGACACCCCGCCCGACCCUCACCUGGUACUGCGAUAAUCGCAAGUUGAUCUCCACACCUCGAAUCAAGAUCAACAUGGAUGACGACGUGGGAGCGGACGACGAGGUGCAGCACACCCUGGGCAUCCUCCACGCGCUCUCCACCGACUCAGGCGUCAUCUCCGUCGUCGCCUCCAACUGCCUCGGCUCCGAUACCGCCUCCACAACACUCAAGGUUGAUCCCUACACCCCGAGGCGAGAGGAGCGCGUGCGAUCGCCCCUCGGCACAAACUCCACGGCCAACACCACCUCCAGGUUGUCGCCGCCGCGCACCUCCAACUCCCCCGCGCCCAGGAUAAGACCCUCCCUCAAGGAGGUCACAAACACUGGCACAGCAAGCGUGGACUCGGCCUACGGCAGCGUCAGGGAUUCUGCCAGCGGCCGGAGCAGCACCCUCUCCAAUCUCAGCGAACUGGAGGACGACCAGGGUGAACCAGCGAAGAAGCCCCUCCGCACCAUGGCCAGCUGCGACGAAGGAAAAGAAGACGAACAGCAGUCUGACGAGAAGAAAGAAGAACCAGAGGAGGUGGAGGAAGAAGAAGAAGAGGAGGAGGAGGAGGAGGAGGAGGAGGAAGAAGAAGAAGAGGAAGAAGACACAGAAGCCGAGAUCCUGCUUGGUCCUCUUGACAUGACGGUCCUCAAGGGUCAGUCUGCAACCUUCACUGCAACUUUCACUGGCAAGCCUCAGCCCGUAGUGUCCUGGCUCAAGAAGGAGCAAGAAAUCUGCGACGGCGGACGGUACACGGUGAAGAUGGAGAACGGCACCACGACGCUCACCAUCCGGGACAUCGUGCAAGAGGAUUGUGACAAGUACACCGUUGUCGUCAGGAAUGCGCUGGCCGCCCACGCCGCCUUUGCUUCCCUUGCUGUAGGAAGUGCCCCCGAGCCGCCUGCGGGUCGACCCAACCCCUCGGAAGUGACGGCGACUUCCGUGACGCUUUCCUGGUACGGCCCCACCUACGACGGCGGCUCCGUGGUCACGGGAUAUAAUGUGGAGGCGCGCAAAGUGGGCCAGGAUGAGUGGAAGACGCUCAUCACGGGGUGCCAUUCUACGUCAUACAUUGUGACGGGACUGCAGACCGGUUGCCAGUACGAAUUCCGAGUGCGAGCACAGAACAUGCACGGCCUCUCCGAGCCCUCGAAGCCCUCGCAGCCCGUCAUGACCACCAAUCAGACCAAGCAGGCAGAGGAGGAACCCGAGCCUGAGGACUAUGAAAAGGCCUUCGCUCCCCUCAACGUCGAAAUCGAGCCAGGGAAUAUGUUCGACGAGCAGUACACCCUGCACGAGGAGGUCGGCAAGGGCCGCUUCGGCAUCGUCUACAGGGUCACAGAAAAGACCUCGGGCACCAGGAGGGCUGCCAAGAUUAUCAAGUGUAUCAAGGCUAAGGACAAGGAAAAGGUCCGCGAGGAGAUCUCCAUCAUGAACGCCCUCAGACACCCCAAGCUCCUUCAGCUCGGAGCAGCCUAUGAGCGCCCGCGCGAGAUCAUCAUGGUGAUGGAAUACAUAUCCGGUGGCGAGUUGUUCGAGCGUGUGGUGGCCGACGACUUCAACCUGACGGAGCUUGACUGCAUUCUCUUCGUCAGGCAAAUCUGCGAGGGAGUCCAAUACAUGCACAGCACCAACAUUGUACAUCUCGACCUCAAGCCCGAGAACAUCCUGUGCGUGCGUCGUACGUCCCAUCAGAUCAAGCUGAUCGACUUCGGCUUGGCGCGGAGGUUUAACCCCGAUGACCCAUGCCGAGUGUUGUUCGGAACCCCCGAGUUCAUCGCUCCCGAAGUCAUCAACUACGAGCCCAUCGGUUUCGCUUCGGACAUGUGGUCCGUCGGGGUCAUCUGCUAUGUUCUCCUGUCAGGCCUGUCGCCUUUCAUGGGCGACAACGACGCCGAGACCUUCAGCAACAUCACCCUAGCCGAGUUCGACUUCGACGACGACGCCUUCGACGCCAUCACCGACGAUGCCAAAGAUUUUAUCCAGUCCUUGCUUGUCAAACGAAAGGAAAAGCGACUCACGCCCGCACAAUGUCUGGAGCACCGUUGGCUGAACCAGACUGAAGGAACCAUGAACAAGGUCGUCCUCUCCACAGACAAACUGAAGAAGUUCAUCAUUCGGCGAAAGUGGCAGAAAACUGGAAAUGCUAUCCGCGCUCUGGGACGAAUGGCCAACUUGACCAGCCGUCGCAGUUCUCAACCUUCUUCACCCACGAGACUUUCCCCCCUCCCGGAGAACCACACCCACACGCCCACCACCCCCGCCAGCCCCUCCCCCGUGUCCUCGCCCGCCGCCCUCGUUAAGACCAAGGGCUGCGCUCCCGUCACCCGCUCCUCGCCGAGCAUCAUCAGCGAGAGGAGCGAUUCCGGUAUUAGUGAAUGUUCGUUUGGUGUUGAAGAAAAUAACCCCAACCAAGUUAACAACCAGUGUGGCCUCACUAACGGUCGUGCUGUUACAGGGCGCACUGUUAUCAAAAGUGGAAAGACACCUUCUCUAGACUGGCAGUCGUCGGUUGACUCUGCUGUCUGCGACGACGACUUUAUCGGCAAGAGCGGCGACUUCGGGUCUUCGCAGAGAAGAAUCUCCCGGGAGGCGCUGCUGCAUGCCAAGACCGACGCACUCAUGAACGCUCACUCCAGAAUAUAGAAAUAUAUAUAAAAGAAAAUAGACUCGUAGUAUAUAAUGCUUAACUAAAGUUUUAUUGUAACGUAAAUAUACAUACAUGUAUACUGUGUACAUACAAGAGAAGAAUGGACGUUGGAGUGUAGUUACUAGUUGAUUAUUUGCCUUUUUAAUAAGUAUCAUAGUGGCCUUGAAUUUAAUAAGAUUUUAUUUAAUCCAUAUUUUGCCUGGACCGUAUGUAUUUAGAUCGAGCUGGCCAGUGACGGUAAGCCUCGCGCACCAAGCUGUGCAGGUUCAGGUCGGUGCGUCUUGCUCUCAAAGUGUUGUAUUUCUGCGGGCUGUGUUGGUGCACUCGCCCUGCAUCUGUCUAUUUAAUCCAUGUCAACGCAUAUGGAGCUUACUUAGACGCUUUCAAGAUAGAGUCGUGAACACUUGACACAAGAAAAUUCCAUUGCUGAAAAAAUGGAAACCGAAACUUCGACCUCUGAAGCGUGUCUUCCCUCGGGACACGUGGAAAAGAGGAGGAACUUAACGUAUUCUCACUGUCGACCAGCCAGAACAGACUCUCGUGAAGGCUGAUGAUGCAUCAUACUUUUUAUCUUAGAAAAGUGUACACAAGCAAGUCAAAGGAAGAAUGUAAAAAAAAAAAAUAAUGUGUUUGACGUUUUGCCGUGACGGAAAGACCAAGGGAAGCGUGCCUGAAUUUGCUUCCGUUGCCUAUCCGUCACAGCCGUUUGUUUUCCCUUGCAGAAAAAAUCCUGUGAAUUUGCCGUUAGUUCUUUAUUGUGUGUUUUAAUGUAUGCUUCAUAUGAUUUUGAUUUUUUCUCAGUGCCAAAUAAAAUGUACAGAUGGUUUGCCUGAUAUCAUUCCACAUAAAACCUUUGACAUCUUGAUUCAUUUGCCGGAAAUCAUUCAUCUUAACAGGUCAGCAUCCUAUUUUAUAUAUGUUCUUGUUCAUCAUCGAUACAUUUAGUUUCUUUUCAAAUGCCUUAUUUUAUUUCAAAAGGAUGUCGAUUAUCGCAUCUCCCCCCCCCCCCCCCCUUUCAUUUUUCUGAAAUUUCAAUGCCUUAGUGUAGCCACGCCAGGCGGUGACCUCAGUGAGUCACCCUGUGGCGUCGGCUCUGCUUAAUAAAGAACAAUCAACGGUCAUACCGCCUUUACAUUAGAUACCGCUGGAGUGUGGUUCGGAUUCCCGUUAUCUGUGAGAUGGUCCGAGUGGCAGCCUUGCCUAGAUUCUUCGAGCCUUUACUAACAGGUUGAGAAUGUUACUUGUAGUGCCUCCAGCGCCAUUUCAUUUAUCGAAGCUUCAGAGAUAACGGCGUCGCGAGAAUCACCUCCAAAGAAGGUUAUUAGGAUCCGCUUACCGAAGAAGCAUCCUGCUGAUGAUUAUAGGUAGAGAGUGGUUCCUGAUGUGUUUGUGUAGCUACGGUAAUGUGAUAAAAAAUGUAGAUAAGAUAUCCCGAGUAUGUGCAUGAUAUUGUUGUUAAGAGAUUAAAAGAUUUAUUUGAGA